AUGGCAGUUUGUGUAGCCAAAGUCUGUUCUAAAGCAGAUGACUUAUCGACUGCCAUUCUGAAGCAGAAGAACAGGCCCAAUCGGUUAAUUGUUGAUGAAGCCAUCAAUGAAGACAACAGUGUUGUGUCGCUGUCCCAGGCAAAAAUGGAUGAAUUGCAGCUGUUCAGAGGAGACACUGUCCUGCUAAAAGGCAAGAAGAGGAGAGAAGCAGUCUGUAUUGUCCUGUCAGAUGAUACCUGCUCAGAUGAGAAGAUUCGCAUGAAUAGGGUUGUUCGUAACAACCUGAGAGUGCGCCUAGGGGAUGUGAUCAGCAUCCAGCCUUGCCCAGAUGUGAAGUAUGGCAAACGUAUCCAUGUGCUGCCGAUUGAUGACACAGUCGAGGGGAUUACAGGAAAUCUGUUUGAGGUCUACCUCAAACCGUACUUCUUGGAAGCAUACAGACCCAUCAGGAAAGGCGACAUCUUCUUGGUGCGUGGAGGGAUGCGUGCGGUGGAGUUCAAAGUGGUGGAGACAGAUCCGAGUCCUUACUGCAUAGUGGCUCCGGACACUGUGAUCCACUGCGAGGGAGAGCCCAUCAAGCGAGAGGAUGAGGAAGAGUCACUGAACGAAGUGGGCUACGAUGACAUUGGUGGCUGCCGGAAGCAGCUGGCUCAGAUCAAAGAGAUGGUGGAGCUUCCCCUGCGACACCCUGCGCUUUUCAAGGCGAUAGGGGUGAAGCCUCCCCGUGGGAUUCUGCUGUACGGACCUCCUGGCACUGGUAAAACACUGAUUGCCCGAGCAGUGGCCAACGAAACUGGGGCUUUUUUCUUCCUGAUUAACGGUCCUGAGAUCAUGAGCAAACUGGCUGGUGAGUCCGAGAGCAACCUGAGGAAAGCCUUUGAAGAUUGAAAAGCAAAAAAGAAUGCCCCUGCCAUUAUCUUCAUUGAUGAACUGGAUGCCAUUGCUCCAAAGAGAGAGAAGACACAUGGAGAAGUGGAACGUCGCAUAGUGUCCCAGCUGUUGACUCUAAUGGAUGGAUUGAAACAGAGGGCGCAUGUGAUUGUCAUGGCAGCUACCAACAGACCUAACAGCAUUGACCCAGCACUCAGGCGAUUUGGUCGUUUUGACAGAGAGGUAGAUAUUGGUAUCCCAGAUGCCACUGGGCGCCUGGAGAUCCUGCAGAUCCACACAAAAAAUAUGAAACUGGCUGAUGAUGUGGACCUGGAACAGGUGGCAAAUGAGACCCAUGGCCAUGUUGGUGCUGACUUGGCUGCUCUUUGCUCAGAAGCUGCUCUUCAGGCUAUCAGAAAGAAGAUGGAUCUCAUAGACCUAGAAGAUGAAACCAUUGACGCCGAGGUGAUGAACUCUUUGGCUGUGACCAUGGAUGACUUCAGGUGGGCUCUGAGCCAGAGCAAUCCUUCUGCUCUUCGGGAGACUGUGGUGGAGGUGCCCCAGGUUACUUGGGAAGAUAUUGGUGGUCUAGAAGAUGUAAAGAGAGAACUCCAGGAGCUUGUACAGUAUCCUGUGGAGCACCCAGACAAGUUCCUCAAAUUUGGCAUGACUCCAUCCAAAGGGGUUCUGUUCUAUGGGCCCCCUGGCUGUGGGAAGACACUGCUGGCCAAAGCCAUUGCCAAUGAAUGCCAGGCAAACUUCAUUUCCAUCAAGGGGCCGGAGCUGCUCACCAUGUGGUUUGGCGAGUCCGAAGCCAACGUGCGCGAGAUCUUUGACAAGGCUCGCCAAGCUGCCCCUUGUGUGCUCUUCUUCGAUGAGCUGGACUCCAUUGCAAAGGCCCGAGGUGGGAACAUCGGAGAUGGCGGCGGUGCUGCAGACCGUGUCAUUAACCAGAUUCUGACAGAGAUGGAUGGCAUGUCCACCAAGAAGAACGUCUUCAUCAUCGGUGCCACCAACAGGCCGGACAUCAUUGACCCGGCCAUCCUGCGCCCCGGCCGCCUGGAUCAGCUCAUCUACAUCCCCCUGCCUGACGAGAAGUCCCGGGUGGCUAUUCUGAAAGCCAACCUGAGGAAAUCACCGGUUGCCAAGGAUGUCGACCUGGAUUUCCUAGCUAAGAUGACCAACGGCUUCUCAGGAGCUGACCUGACAGAGAUUUGCCAGCGUGCCUGCAAACUGGCCAUCCGCGAGUCCAUCGAGAGCGAGAUCCGGCGAGAGCGCGAGAGGCAAACCAACCCUUCUGCCAUGGUGAGUGCAGCUCCGCGAGCCCGCAGGGGCAGCCACCCCCGUGCCAUGCGCUUUGCGCGCCGCGCCGUCAGCGACAACGACAUCAGGAAAUACGAGAUGUUUGCACAGCCCCUUCAGCAGAGCCGUGGCUUCGGCAGCUUCAGGUUCCCAUCGGGUAACCAGGGAGGCGCCGGUCCCAGCCAAGGCACGGGAGGUGGCAGCGGGGGCAACGUAUACAGUGAAGACAACGAUGACGAUCUCUACGGUUAACUCGCUGUCCUUGGUGGACCAAACUCCAAAUCAGGCCACGUUGUACAGGGAAAAUUCGAUGUUCAGUGGACUCUCAGUUUCUUCAUUCCUCAGUCAGAACCAGUGUAGCUGCGUGUCAGACUUUGUACAGGGAAUGUUUUCUGCAAACACAAAUCCACACCGAUGUUCAGUUGGGAGGCAGACAGUGCAUUAACCAGGAGGGAAACCGACUUAACUUCUGAGAAAUUUCUGUUCUAGUUUAUGUGGCAGAAUCAGCAGCUUUAGCAAAGGGUACAACGCUAGCCUGUAUAAAAAACCCCCACAAAAAUAAUAAAAAAAUAAUAAAAAUCCCACAAAACUC